AUGAGUGAUUUCUUUGUAUAAAAUAGAAGUGAAAUUUCUUAGCAAAACUAAAGUGGAUUUGGUAGUUUUAAUGAUAAGUAAUGUAAUUGAUCAUACUACCAAUUAGUUUAGGAGCAAGUUUUGGUAAAUUGCAUUAGGACAAUUAAAGUUUUGGUGGAAAUGGAGGUGGAAGUUUUGUAUAGAAUUCAGGAUUUAUAGUGUAAACUGAAUAAUAUCGAUCUUCUGUUGGUCUAGAAGAUGUUGCUGUUCCAAUUUAAAUUUAUGAAUAUUAAGAACCUUAAAUAUAAAAAGGAGUAUUUUUUAGGAGUAGUGGUGAUUUUGAGAUGCAAUUUGAAGAGAUAGGAAUUGAUAGAUUGAAUAUUCAACCAAAGAUUUAAGAGGACUCAAAAGAACAUAAAGCACCUUCUUUAGAUAGUGGAAUGAAAAGUAGCCAAUAAUCAUCUCAUGAAUUUGACAUGAAAAUAGGUAGUAUAAAUUUAUUUAUUUUCAUUAGAAUCAGGUGAAUAGAUAAGUUCAAAAUUUAAACCUGAAGUUAAACUACUUUAAAAUUCUAACAUUAUUUAAGAGAAUAAGAAUUUAUUUAAUGUGAAUUAAGCCAAAAGCAUAUAUACAAAUAAGAUUACUUAGUUAGUUGAAUAGACCUAAAAAAAAGUUGAAUUUGCUACUAAAUCAUCACCUAGAUUAUCGUAAAAAAAUAAUAUUAUACAUAUAGGAAGAGUCAACAAAAACUUUAAAAAAAAUCACCUAUAAUUUCAAGGGAUAAUUUUGAUGUCUCUUCAAAUGAAUUAUAGUCAAGUCAAAUGAGUCCUUAUGGUAACAUGGAUCCUGUACAGUAAAAGUUGGCUAAGAAUAGAGAAUCUGCAAAGAAUUCAAGAGCAAGAAAGAAAAUAUAUUAUGAAUUAUUGGAAACAAAAGUCAAAGAGCUUUAGGAUGAGUUGGAUAAAGUAAAAGAAUCAAAUCGAAAUUAAACAAAAUAUACUGAAAUUUGUAAUAAAUUUUAAGAGAAAGUAUUUUAAAUAACAAAAUCUAGUUUUAAACUUUUUUAGAUUAAUAAUAAUAAUUAUUUGAUAAAUUAGAAACCUGUUUAAUUAAAAAUAAGGAUAAUUUUGAAAUUGCAAUGAUUUUAGAUGCUUUGAGAUAUAGAACUAAUUCAAAUAGUUAAGAAAGAAAUGAUGCUGCAAGACAAUAUUUUGACUCUAUGGUUGAAGUAUGUUUACCUAUAUAAACUAAAUACCUUAUUUAUGCAUUAGAAAAAGAUAAAGACUUCUUUGCAUUAUAACCUGAGUAUUAAAGAUAUUAUAUUAGUGAUUAUACUGAUUGGAUGAAGGAUGUAUUUAAAAAGACUGAUAUUAAACCAGAAUAAAUUAUAAAAGUUAAGAAAAUGAAAUCUAAAUUAUAAAGUGUCAGAAAUACAAUAUCUGAGUAAAAUUAUUAUUUUAUACAUUUUAGUUCUAUUUAGAACAUUAAAAUUUAACUAAAAAUUAUAUAAGGUGAAGCUAAUAAGGUGGAUUAGAUGUGGGAAUAACUUAAGGAAUGUUUAACUCCUGUUUAAUUGGCAACAUGUCUUUUAGCUAUGAAAUAAGUAAUAAAAUUGAUUACUCAUUUAUUAGAAUGCUUUUCGUUAAGAGCUUUAAACAUCUUCAAUAUUUUUAUAAUUAAAGAAUUCUUAAAUGGUAAAUAUAUUAUAUAUUAUUUAUUAAACUAGUCAGAAGAAGAUGACAACAUAAUUAGAUUAGAUUAAUCAUCUAUUCCAAACAAUAGGAAACUUGUCAAAAAAUCUAUGUAAGGAUGA